AUGAGAAUCGCAGAGAUCUCAUCGCCCGGAGCAACCCACAGAGAUUCCUCUCCCCACCAACUCCUCCUCUCCCAAAUCGAAUCCUCCAUCAAACAACUCGAGCAUCUCUCCCCUGCCGCCUCCCAAGACGACCGGUCCCCCUCCCUUCACACUCUCUCCUCCGAUCUCCGCCGAUCCUUCGCUCAACUUACUCACCUCGCUCCCUUCAACAACGACCUCAAGCUCCACCUAUGGAAGCUCAGCUUCCGCCUCUGGAACGCCUGCGUCGACCUCUCCAACGCCGCCUCCUUCCGCUCUUCUCCUUGCGCCGAGCACCACGCCGAACUCCGCCACGUCGCCUCUGACAUCCUCGCCCUCGCUGGCGACGUCCCCGGCGUCCCCUCUCCGGCACUCAAGUCAGCCGCCUUCUACCACAAGACCGGCCUCCUCUGGCACGACCUCCGCAGGCUCGACCUCGCCUCCGCCUGCUUCGUUCGCGCCACGGACCUCGUCUCCGAGCUCGAUCACCGCGCUGUCUCCGGCGCCGGCGAGAGGAAGCUCCUCCUAGACCUCAAUCUCGCGAGAUCCCGCACCGCCUGGGAGGCCUCCGACCGGAAUCUCUCCCUGGCACUCCUGAACCGGUCCAAGAGCUUGCUCUUCGGGUCCGCUGAGCACUACUGGGCUCUCGCGAACCAGUACUUGGCGUUUGGCAAGGGUUUGCUAUCGAAGGACGAUCAGACUAGCAAUAGCGAAGCUCUGAAGCUCAUGAACGAAUCGUUGGAUCUGUGUGAGAAAGGACUCGGAUCGAGAUCAAGUGCGGUCGAUCUCAGGGAACUAAGAGCGAAGACGCUUCGGUUCAUCUCGGCCGUCCAUUUGCAAAAGGGAGAGUACGAGAGCGUGAUCAAGUGUGUGAGGGUUCUGAGAGAUCAGAGUGGGGACCACAGCCAUCCGAGCCUUCCAGUGUUGGCAGUGAAGGCUUGGCUAGGGCUAGGAAGGUACGGCGAGGCGGAGAAGGAGCUAAGGGGCAUGGCGGUAAAUAAGGGCGUUCCGCAGGACGUUUGGGUGUCCGCCGUGGAGGCAUACUUCCAGGCGGUGGGGACGGCAGGUUCCGAGACCGCCAAGGACGUGUUCUUGGGGUUGUUGGGCCGGUGCCACAUCAACGCUGGAGCAGCCGUGAGGCUUGCCCACCGCGUGGUUGGUGAGGGUGGUUCUGAUUCUAAAGUGAGGGCCAAAGUGGCGGCGGAGCUGGUCUCUGAUGAGAGAGUGGUGGCGCUAUUCAGCCGCGAGGCCGCCGCUAAGGAGAGGAUGUCAAUGCACGCUGUGCUUUGGAAUUGUGCUGCGGAAUUCUUUCGAUCAAAAGAUUAUGGGACAAGUGCAGAGAUGUUUGAAAAAUCCAUGCUUUAUAUUCCAUAUGACAUAGAGAGCAAAAUUCUCCGAGCCAAGGGAUUUAGAGUCUUGUGUCUCUGCCAUCUUGGCCUCUCUCAGCUUGAUCGAGCUCAAGAAUACAUCAAUGAGGCUGAAAAGCUAGAGCCCAACAUAGCCUGUGCUUUCCUUAAGUUCAAGAUUUACCUGCAAAAGAAUGACCACCAGGGCGCUAUCACUCAAAUCCAUGCCAUGACAACCUGCCUCGAUUUUUCAACAGACUUUCUCUCCCUCUCAGCUCAUGAAGCUGUUGCUUGCCAUGCUCUUCCUGUGGCUGUGGCUGCUCUAUCGAAUAUGCUAAACUUCUAUGUCCCGGGAAAAUCCAUGCCAACAACAGAAAUUGUAGUUCUACGCACCCUAGUCACAAUCCUUUCUCAAGAGCCUGGCAACGAGCUGGAAGCUCUGAAAUUUAUAAAACGUGCUCAUAACCGUGCAUCUGAGCUUGGUCCUGAUCUCUUUUUUGGAAAAGAAGAGGUUGGAAGACGGGAACGGAAUUGGUUUGCUGUGACAUCAUGGAAUUUUGGGACAAAAACUGGGAAGGAGAACAACUAUGAACUAUGUGCUGAAUUUUUGAGAUUGUCUUCAGAAUUCUACUGUAUUCCUGUUGACGGGCAAGUGGAAGAAAAUAAUGUUAUGGUUUGUAAGUCGUUAAUAUUGACUGUAUCUGCCAUGAUAGCUUCAGAGAAUCAAAGGAAGGCUGCAUUGUCAGACACCGAAGUGAAGCAAGCUAUAGAACUGCUUGAUAGAGCAGGGAAGAUACUGAAGUCAAUCUCAACUGGGACUCGGCUACACGAUGAUCAAAUCACCACCCUUGAGCCUGAUCUCUUCUUUAUAUACACCUUCAGUGCCUAUGAUAUGCAAGGAAGGCUAAAUGAUUCAGCAUCGCAGCAACUCCUUGUGAAGAGUUUUGCCAGCUCAAAAGCUUGCAAUCCCAAGCACCUCCUUCAGAUAGGCCUUAGUGCCUACCAGGGUCCACAAUCCAAUCAUGAAGUAGCCACCUUUGCUCUAAAUGAGUGCCUCUCAGCCUUCCUUUCUUCCCCCUCACCGGAUUAUCAAAACGUUGCUCUUGUUGUGCGGAAGCUUAUUGCGGUAGCAAGCAUUCACAAGGGCGAUACAGAUGAUGAUGCUGUAUAUGGCAUGUACAAGCAAGCUUACCAGAUAAUGGUGGGGUUGAAGGAAGGAGAGUAUCCUACUGAAGAGGGAAAAUGGCUUGCCAUGACAGCGUGGAAUCGCGCAGCACUGCCGGUGCGGAUGGGGCAGAUUGAAAUGGCCGGGAAAUGGAUGAAUGUCGGCCUGGAACUUGCUAAGCGCAUUCCGGGAAUGGAGACAUACAGGGCAUGCAUGCAGGACUUUGUUGAUGGCUUCAAAAAGAAAUUUCAUGUGCAGAAUGAUAGUGAAAGCAGGCCUCAGCUUAUAUGAUGUGAACAUCUUGUUGUACAGGA